AUGUCUCAAAAUUCAGGACCAUUUCUUGUUUCUUCACAUGGUCAUCCAGGAUUUAAUCCUCGACCACCACCAUCAUCAUCAACAGCAUCAUCUACAUCAUCGAAACGAAUAAGCAACGGUCUUAUGACUGGUCCUAGUCCAGGAAAUACAUCUAUGGGUCCUAAUAUGGGUCUAUCAUCAUCACCUUCACCAAUGCGAUCUGCUGCUUCUAUGGGACCUAUGAAACCUGGUAGUGUUGGUAUGGGUUCAAUGGAUAAAUCUAAUUCAAUGCCUUAUUCAAAUCGUUAUAGUCGUAAACCAUGGUCUAUGACACGUAGUAUUCAUGAAAAAAAUAUUCGUGGACAUGAUGAUCAUGAAGCUCCAUAUCUUCGUCCAGGUAUUCCAGGUCAUGGUGGUCCAAUCGAUAAUAUGAAUAAUUCUUCAUUUACAAUUGAACCAUCUACAGACGAUGAUGAAGCUGAUGAUAUAUAUUUUUCAUCACGACAUAUAGCUGCUGCACGUUUUCAACGUAAUCAACGUUUAUUAUGUGAAAUAUUUAAUGAAGUUUGUAUACCGGAUUUACGAUCGAAUGUUAGUGUUGAUCGUAUAUUAACAUUACGUCGACAAGUUGAUGCACUUAAAACACAUCGAGAAACAUUUGAAAAAGAUUUGAAUGAAUUAGAAGAAAAACAUGUAGACAAAAAACGAAAAUUUUUAGAAGCAAAUGAAAAAUUUCAUGAAGAAUAUGAUGAUGCUUCGACAACAAAUUUAAGUCGAGAGAAAAUUAGUGAAAUAUUACAAAAAUAUGAAGCAAUGGAAAAAUUACAAAAAGAAAAACAAUUACUUUUACAACAACAACAACAAGCUGCUGCUGCAACACCACCACCACCUCCACCUACACCAACAACAACAGCAGCACUAGCAGUUCCUUCGCAACCAAAUGUCGUUACUGCACCAACUAAAACUGAACCUGUAUCAAUUGCUGAAAUUCCUCAACAACAACCACCACCGGCACCACCAUCGUCAUCGCAACCAUUACCACCACAACCUAUAUUGGCACAACCACCUGUACCAGCUCAAAUACCUCCUCAACCUGUACCAAAUCAUAUGCCUCCACAAUCUGUACCACCUCAAAUGCCUCCUCAACCUGUACCAACUCAAAUGCCACCUCAACCUAUACCUGCUCAAAUGCCUUCUGUACCACCACCACCACAUGUGCCAUCACCAGUUCCUCCAACACAACACAUACCAACAUCAAUGCCACCAAUACAACAUGCUCAAUCCCCAAUGGCGCCAACUCAACCUGUACAAGCUCAAUUACCACCACCUCCACCACCGCCAUCUGUAAUGCAACAAGUACCACCGCAGCAACAAAUACUACCCCCACAACAACAACAACAACCACCACAGCAGCAACAACCACCUCAACCUCAUCAAGGCUAUCCAAUGAUGCAUCAAGGAGGUGGCUACCCUCCAGCACCAGGUUAUGGUCAUCCUCAACAAGCUCAACAAUAUCGACCACCGCAUAUGAAUCAACGUCCUGCACAAUAUCCACCAAAUGUUCAAUGGCAACAACAACAACAACAGCCACCACCAUCACCUCAACAACAAUGGCAACCUAAUGCAUAUGAUCCUCGAUAUUACAAUCCUUAUCCUCCUAAUGUUCAAUGGCCUCAACAACAACAACAAUGGCCACCAAAUCAACCUCCAUCUCAACAGCAACAACAACAAAUGGGUAUUAUUCCACAACAACAACAGCAACCCAUGGGUGUUGCUCCUCAACAACAACAAGGACCCCCGCCUCAAAUGCGUGGCCCUCCUCAACAACAACCACCACCACAAAUGUAUGUAAACGGAGUUAAUUAUGGUUAUGGUGGCGGUCCUGGCAGCUGGAAUGGUGGUGCACCACCACCACCACAUCCAUCUCAACAAUAUGGCUAUCCACAAAAUCCACCCUAUGAUCCAUCAGGUGUUUCUGGACCUCCUCAACAGCAAUAUUAUCCACCACCACCCCCACAAGGUUAUGAUUAUGGUCCACCACCUCAACAACAGCAACAACAACCACCACAGCAGCAAAUUCCUCAUCCUCCUCCUCCUCAACAACAACAACAGCCACCACCACCACAAUCACAGAUGAAUUGA